AUGGAGAAGAUUGGUAGUUACACAGAGAACAUUGAUGAGUAUUUGUCAUUCGAGAGACAGGCGGAGUACGUGGUGGAGGCUCAGCGGGCUCGCGAGGACCCGGUGUUAGCGGCUACGUUGUUCAAAAAGCGGAUCGCAUUCGGGACGGCGGGUUUGCGGGGUCCGAUGCGUGCGGGAAUCAGUGGCAUGAAUGUGGGCACAGUGUGGCGUGCGACGCAGGGGUUGUGUGAAUACUUUAUGGACAAGUUUGGAUUAGAAGAAUGUCGCUCACGUGGCGCUGUAAUUGGCUUCGAUGGGAGACACAAUUCGGAGUACUUGGCUUCAGUAGCGGCCGCAGUGUUCUUGAGUCGCGAAAUCCCGGUGUUCUUUGCCGACGAGGUCACGGCGACGCCGGUGACUCCAUAUGUGGUGGUGAAGGCGAAGGCGGUGUGCGGUGUUCAGGUCACGGCUUCACACAACCCCAAGGAAGACAACGGUUACAAAGUCUAUGCCGACAAUGGGGCCCAAAUAAUCCCGCCGAUGGACCGUGACAUCGCAAGUCUUAUAGAACAGAACAAGGCACCGUGGCCAGAGGUAGAAGGCAUAGUCGACCACCACCUGCGUCGUCUGAACCCGCUGCAUCCACGACGUUCAUUGGCACGCAUGGAGCUGCCCCAAUACUGGGCUCAGUUCAAGGCUGACGCGACCGCUGCACUCAAGAUGGAGCCUGGCGAAUUCGCAAAAUCCUCUCUCAAGGUUGUCUACACCGCCAUGCACGGUGUUGGCUACCGUUUCGUUCGCGACCUACUGGUUGACACUCUCGGAUUCCCAGCCACCCAGUUCGAACCCGUCCCCGGCCAAAUGCACCCGGACCCCGAAUUCCCCACCGUCCGAUUCCCCAACCCCGAGGAAGCCGGAGCACUGGACCUAGCCAAGGCCCACGCUCGGGCAACUGGCGCAGACCUCAUCAUCGCUAACGACCCCGAUGCUGACCGAUUUGCGGCCGUCGAGGUUUGCAGUGAUGGCUCCUUCAGAACUUUUACUGGAGACGAACUUGGCGUCAUGCUCGGCAUCAUUUGCUACGAGAACCUCACCGGCCAGACCGUCAGUCUCCCUAAUGGUGACUCUGCCUCCACUGCGGACUUGUCGUUUGUGUGUUCAGCGGUGAGCAGCAAGUUCUUUGAGCGUUUCGCUGCGCGCCAGAAGGGCGUGGUGUACCGCGAGACUUUGACUGGGUUCAAAUGGAUGGUGAACGUGGCGUUGGCAAUGGCGCGCGAGGGCGUUAGGCCGUGCUUCUGUUAUGAGGAGGCGUUGGGUUACGGCUUGUGCGUGGAAGCUAUACCGGACAAGUGUGGACUGACGGCGGCUGCGGCGAUGACGAAGAAGGCUUCGCAACUGAAGGCCACCGGCCAGACGCUCUCACAAUGGUUGGAGGGGCUCAUGUGCGCCGCUGGCGGAUAUUUCGCCACUGACAAUUCCUACUUCCGGGCAUCUGACCCCGCGAUCACCAAGGCCAUUGUCGGUGCCUUUCGGGACAAGCACUACGGCCGUGGAGCCGACGGGAGCCACCAGGUAGCUGGCUACAAGGUAAUACGCGUCCGCGACUUGGGCGUCAACUACGACUCCAGCACCGCCGAGCACACGUGUGUGCUGCCCGCCGGCGAUGACAUGCUCACUCUGGAGUUCGCCAACGGCGCACGCCUCACACUACGCGGCUCCGGCACCGAACCGAAACUCAAAUACUACUCCGAAAUGACCAGCCAGACCAGCAUACAAGAUGCCAAGGAACAACUGGGACGGUGCGUCCGGGCCGUCCUCAAAGAAAUUCUGCACCCCUACAAACUGGAACAUGCCAUCGACCCCCAAUUCACCGACUAA